AUGAAUCGAUACAAUGAAUAUCCUUCAGAGAAUGCUGGUGCUCGAUUACUUCUAGAAGUUCGAAAGCUCGGUUUUGAUUGUCACUGUCUUGUAUUCACACAAGAUGCUAAAGCAUCGGCAAGCAAGAUUGAACAAUUGCUCGAUGCAACACAACGGGAAAAUGUUAGUGUGACUGUAUCCAUCAGAGAUCUUGAAAAAUUUGUGAAUUUUAAAUGAAAUUCAAACUAUUUCACUUUUUCUUCUGGAUUCAUACGAAAACCAAUUGUCUUCUUAAGUUUUUCGAUAUCUUCUGAUAAUCACUAGGGACUGCAUUACCACCAGUACAAUAGUUAGAGUCAAGGUCAUGUAUGAGAUGUGAAUGGUGUGCUCGGGCCUGGCGUGGGAUGAUGGUGUGUGUGGGCAUUAGGGAGGAAAGAAUCUAGCACAACACCUACACCCACAUCCAGCUGCAUCGAGCGUUGUACUUUACAGAGAUGAAGGUAAAAAUUGAGACAAAGUUUCGCAGCUGUAUUGUCCGUAUCUCAUAAAAGAUUACAUAUAAGAACUUUGAGUAGGCCACAACGCUCGCUGUGUUAAUGAAGGUCUAGGUGUCCUGAAAACUAGCAAUUUUUCUCAUAAGCUAUGUUGCACGAAUGACAGAGAGAGAUCGUGUGACAUUUAAAGUAAUUCCUGGGAUCGUUCAAUUUUUAUUCUCACUCCUGAAAGAUUGAGUCUUCUCAAUGGAAAUUCUUCCGUCUGUCCGGUGUUUGAUUGGUCGACCAGGAACCAACAGAAAUAGAAUUUUUCGACAACUUGCUCCCUAUAGAUAAUUCGAUGCGAGGAGUUCGAAUAGGGUGUGGGUGUUGUUUUUACCACACCAUACACCCACACCCACACCAUACACCCACACCCACACCCACACCCACACCCUGUGGGUGGAAUUAAUACCCACACCCACCCCACCCACACCCUCUGUAAUAUCAUUAGAAAUAAAAUUCAAAAGAAGAGUUCAAAAAGUAACAAUUGUUCACUGAGUAAAUCAAAUAAUAAGAAUUUUAGAUUUUUUUAUCAAAAUAUCUGAAAUUAAUUUUCCAAAGUCAUGAUCGGAACUUCAUGAAAAGAAAUCGCCGCUGCCAUUGAAACCAUAAGUUGGUCCACAAGAAAAGACCUUCUCGUUAUUAUGAACGAAUUUCCGUAAACUAAUUGCACUAAUUUGUUCCAAUCUUUCCAGACUCAUACUGGUACUAGUCACCACAAAAAAUAUUAAUCAAUUUGGUUUCUGAUAUGAAAAAAAAUAAACACUUGUUUUAUCAGAUAUUUACAAAUACUUUUCCAACUGUCUAAAAAUUAUCAAAGAAAAAUAUUUGAAGCAAAUUAUGAGAAGCAAAACUUAAUGUUAAUCACGAUAGAAGAAAAAUAAAAAUGAAGUGUGUCCAGUUUAAGGGGGGCCCCCCCCUCAGAAACCAACUUUUAGGGCCCCCCCCCC